GUGGCCUUGUCGUUCAGGGAGAGGGAGGACAUGAUGCCAGCAGCAAAUUGGCCGGGCAAAACGAAGGAAGACGUCGGUUUGGUACUGGUGGCAUUUUGGGAAUUCUGCGUUUUUGUUCUUUUAUCUUUCGGUUUUACAACUCAUCAUCUAAUUUAGAGCGCAGUGGAGCGAAAACAAAAAAAGACUCGUAAUGAGAUAAAACCGGAGAGACGUGAAGACAAACGGAGGCUUGGUGGGAGCUCCAAUCAUUUCCUUUAGAUCGUCGUCAUCAUCGAUUCCAGCCGCCAGCCUCCCUGAUUCGGAAUCCAUUUGCUUUUCCUCCAAAAGAUGGAUGACAUUUUCGCUAUCGGAAGAAGGCGCAGGGAUCUCCCAUAUCCAUCUCCAGCUGAGUGUUUGACUGACAUCAAUAUGCAGUAAGACUCGCUGGACCUAGAAUGAUGUGAAUGCUGGAGCAUGAUAAUUGAUGAUUCUGGUGCUUAAGUUCUAAUACGUUUCUGAAUGUAGGCUCAAUAGAAAUUGUAUUCUUCAGUUUCAGUUUACUAAGUGGGAAGGACUCAGAUUCAUCCAUCAAAGAACAUGAGUAGCCACAGUAUCAUUACAGCCGAACAAAGCAACUCUCCUGAAGGAAUGAGACAUUGCUGUCAUGCUUCAGCAUCAUCUACUACUAACUUGUUCAAUGUCCUAUCGGAUUGCCAAAAAUUAUUGAAUGACAAAUUAUCAUGCACAAGCCCAUCAUCCUAUGUUCAGAGAGAAUUAAUCAAUUCAUCCUCCCCACAGAAGGGUCUUCUUUUCCGCCUCAAAAAAUCAAGUCCAGAAUCUGACCCAGGAAGCCCUCUCUCUAAUGUGUCUCACUCUCAACAUUUUGAGCAUGUGUUUUCUAGUUCUUCUACAUUUUGUGCUAGUCUAUAUUCGUCAUCUUCAACAAGCGCUGAGUCCUAUCGGCAGCUCUGUAAUUUGCCCUUCCUUCCUCAUCCUCAGAAAUGUGAGCCGCAAAAUUCAGCUGUUCAAUCUUUGAAUUCUCCCCUGCUUCAUGGUGGAAAUACAACUAAUGUACAUAAUGAGGAUGAACACUCUGAUGACCUGAUGAAGGAUUUUCUUAAUCUGUCCGGAGAUGCUUCAGAUAGUAGUUUUCAUGGAGAGAAUUAUGACAACAACAGCAUAGCACUUGGCGAGCAGAUGGAAUUACAGAUGUUAUCUGAACAACUUGGCAUAGCUAUCACAGACAAUGGGGAAAUCCCCCGGCUGGACGACAUUUAUGAGACACCGGCCCCAUCUGUUCCACUUUCCUCUAAUUGCAACCAGACUUCUCAACCAUUAAGACCUGCUGCUAAAUUUCAAUUACAUUCCAAUUCCUCCACAUCUACGACUGCAACUGCAAAUAAGCCGAGAUUAAGAUGGACCCUGGAUCUCCAUGAGCGGUUUGUAGAAGCUGUGAACAAGCUUGAUGGAGCCGAGAAGGCAACUCCAAAGGGUGUUUUAAAGCUUAUGAAUGUUGAGGGUUUGACCAUAUAUCAUGUAAAGAGUCACUUGCAGAAAUACCGACUUGCCAAGUAUCUCCCAGAGGCAAAGGAAGACAAAAAAGCUUCCUCUUCUGAAGAUCAAAAGAUGCCAACAGUUAGUCAUGAAAGUGAUCCAGGCAAGAAAAGGAACAUAGAAGUGAUAGAGGCUCUACGGAUGCAAAUAGAGGUUCAAAAACAGCUACAUGAACAACUUGAGGUACAAAGGGCACUUCAGUUACGCAUAGAGGAACAUGCAAGGUAUUUGCAAAGGAUUCUGGAGGAGCAGCAAAAAGCCAGCAAUACCUUUGUAUUCCCCACGCAAAUGCCAGGCACAGAAAUGCAGCUAGAAUCUCCUCAUCAUUUGUCACCAGAGCAAGCUGAAUCAAAAGUUGAUUCCAUCUGUUCACCGAGCUCUUCAAACUCAAAGCAUAAAGCCACUGAUUCAGAUACUCGCUCCAAGCCCCCAGAAGAUCAUAAAAGGGCAAGGCUUGAAGUUGAGCGGGAAGGAACUUCCUUGGGUUCAUAGCUGGGAUUCCAUGCCAGGACAGCUUGCGGCCGCACCGCAUAUGUACCUUGUUUAAGUAUUUACAUGCCAUUGUUAUGCUUAAUUCUUUCUACACUUUAAGGGGCUUGGCAGGGUUCUUGUUCUCCGGUCUAUGUUGUAUCUGUCACCAAGGUCCCUCAAAUUGCUAAUUACUUUGCGUCCAUGGAGGUCUGUUCUAGAAUAAUAGUCUGAUGAGUGGGUUUUAUGUGGUCAUUAUCAUUGUAUCUGUUGAUUUUCUUCUCCUUCUGGGUUUGAAGUUUCAAGGAAAUAUAUGCAAUGCGAAUUCCUGCCAUCAUUUCAUC